AGUCACAAGAUUCUCAGCCCAUAAGGUGCAUCUGAUCCUCUGAGCUGGACGUCUGAAGCGAUGAUCACAAACAUGAUUGUGUUGCUGUGUUUGUCUGCACUGUUUCCCGUGUUGAUGGGCGCACAUGCGAUCAAAUCAGGUUGUUUUCUUGCCAGAGACUGCUCUGAUAUUUAUUCGAGUGGGAAAAAUGGCAGUGGUGUGUACACCAUCAGCACAGUGGAUGGACCGGUGCAGGUCUACUGUGAGAUGGUCUCCGGCAGAGAAAAUGACAGAGGACACUGGACGGUGAUUCUCAGGCGAAAAGAUGGCGAGUUGAACUUCUUUAGGCCAUGGGAGAGUUAUAAAAAAGGUUUUGGUGCUAAAAAAGGCGAACACUGGCUGGGUGUACAGUCUAUUCACCAGCUGACGCGCAGAUAUCAGUAUAAACUCAGAGUAGAUGUGGAGGACUUUGCAGGGCAGAAGGCUUUCGCUCUCUAUCAGUCUUUUUCUGUGAGCUCUGAGGCUGAUGGGUACAGACUGCAUGUGAGCCGCUUUGUAAAUGGAGGAGCAGGCGACUCUUUAAGUGUUCACAAUGGAAUGAAGUUCUCCACCUUUGACAAAGACCAAGACCUUUCAGGAGAGAACUGUGCUUUGAAAUACUUUCAAGGAGGGUUUUGGUACAACAAAUGUUAUCUCACAACCCCUACCGGCCCCUAUUUAUGGCAGAAAAAUAGUAAAGAAAGGGAUUUUGGAGUCACCUGGAAGACCUGGAGGAACAACUGGAAUUCUCUGAAGUCCAUCACCAUGAAGAUCAGACGUGUGAUGUAGAGCAGCGCUUACAAACGCUUCACUGCAGCUUGUGAAUGUAUCCACAACUUUAUGCAUACAUGUGGAUCUUUCUUAAAAUAUGGUGACAAGCAAGUCCCUUGAUUCCCCCAUAUAAAAGCCAUAACCAAACAUUUUAUUGAAUUAUCUGAAAUUGUGUCACUCAUACUGUCUUGCAAGCAAAAAAAAACAAAAAAAAUCUAAUUUGACAGAUGCUUGUAGAGUGUUUAUAUAAAUGGGUUUAUGUCUUGAAGCUUUUCUGCAUGCUGUCCUGUCAUCUACAACAAUUUGGUCUGUCAGCUCCAACUUGUUUUAUUUUGAAGCAAUAAAAGCAAUAUCAAAGCA